AUGGAUGAAGGACGUCACCAUGCUAGCCAGAAGGAACUUGGUUUUAGAAAACCCGAGAUCUUCAACGGUUCAGACCGUUCGAAGCUUAGGGAAUUUAUAAACCAAUGCAAGAACUACAUGGCCGGAAAUAGCCAUGUCUACCAGGAGGACAAUCAGAAGAUCGCAUUCGUGCUAUCGCACAUGCAAGGAGGAACAGCAGGAUCAUGGGCACAGAGCUUCAUAGAAACGGAACUCACCAAUGAUGACUUCCUUUCUUAUGGGAGUUGGAGAGACUUCAUUGCAAGUGUGAACAAAGCAUUUGGCGAUGAAAAUAUUGAAGAAACCGCUCGUACCUUGCUGCGUAACAUCAAGCAAGGAACUCGUACUGCGGACGACUACAUUGCCGAAUUCCGAUCGCUUGAAUCCAAGGCGAAAUUAGAAGAUGUCGGAAAUAUCGAGUAUUUCAAGUGGGGACUUAACGACCCACUCCGACAAAGGAUAUAUGGGAUGGAGAGCAUGCCCAAGACACUUGACAAGUGGUACGAAUACGCCUCGCGGUUUGAUAACCAAUGGAGAUCUGCUCAGAUCUUCAAGCGAGGAGCCACUACGACGACGCGAGGAAAGGGCCGAUCUGUCCAUCGUCCCUACUACUCGGCUUCUGCAAGGGAUCCAAACGCGAUGGAUGUUGAUCGUGUCAAUAUCUCGCGCUUAUCCCCGGACGAGCGACAGAAGAGAAUGAAAGAAGGAUUAUGUUUCCUAUGCGGAAAGAAGGGCCAUAUAGCCAACGACAGACAAUUCCACCCCCAGUCUGGAAGUUUCACCCGUGCUAGAAUGAUACAGCCCGGGUUGGACACAGACACGAUCACAUGGAUCAAGAAGAUGCGAGAAGACCUCGCACAGAAGAAGGAGACAUCGAAGGAAGAAACCAGAGAGGAACAGAUCGCCUAUGUGCGAAACGUCUUCAACGACAUGACUGAUGAAGAACGAACCCAAUUGGGUUUUUGA